CAUGUUUCCAUGACGUCAUGGGGGAUGGUGGUGUGCAAGAUGGCGGCCGUCGGGUGCUUGAGAGAUAAUGGGACGAUGGAAGGAGAUGAAUCGUCUGAGAAAGAGGGAUUAGAGUUGAUGAAGAUGUGCAGAAAAAAUGGAAUACAUCAGGAUUGCUUUAUGGGAGAAAAUGCAAGAGAUUCUUUGGAUAGCAGACCAACAAAAACAGAAAGAUCACCGCGAUUGAAUGGAUCGUCUAAAUCUGUUUCGGCAAUCUUCACAAAACCUUCCAUUCCAACACUCCGUUCAAGAAAGGACAAAAUCUCGCCGGAACUAGGUAGAAGACGAAGACGACCAUCAAAAGGAGAAAACUUGGAAUUAAGAAUAAGGUGCUGUACCCAGGAUGGGGGCCGAUCCCUUGGGCUAGGAGACGCCGCGGCCGACGGCCCGCCCACCCUGUACAAGCUGGACCUGGGAUGUGAGGCCAAGGCAGGCCUGAGGUGCGGAACCGGGGUGGGCAGCUGCCUUUGCCACCACUCCAGCACCCAGGAAGUGUGCGUCUCGGCCUCGCCACCCGACCUCCAGCCCCACCGCGGCGGUGGGACAGCCGAGGACGCCGCCUGGAAGAAGGAAAGGGACUGUGGCAAGAGCGAGGAGAUGGGCGGGUACGAUACCCCCAAUUCCCCCCUCCAUUGCCCGUCCCCGCCUCCACCCCGUGCAUGCACGCCACUGCCAUUCCCCACUCCAUCCCUCGGGACGGACUCCUCGCCACACCUGCUCACCGGCGGGGGCGGCAGCAGUAACACAUCAGCCUCAUCUUUAUCGUCUUUCUCUUCCUUGCCCUCCUCGUGUCCAUCCUCGUUGUUGUCGUCGAUAAUUUCCCCGUCAGCUUCUCUCGCCUCUCUCUUUGGGGUGUCCCGAGCUCUGGAGCCACAGCACCACCACUAUCACAAUAACAACAACCAUCACUAUCACCACCUCAACAACCACCACAACCACCACCACCACACCAACAACAACCUCCUCCACCACCAUCACCACCACCACUACCCGCCGCAUCCGCUGGAAUCCAGCUCUCUUAUCGGCAGCAAAGACAAAGGCAGCAACAGCAACAAUAGCAGCAGCAACAACAUCAACAGCAGCAGCAACGACGCUGCCAAGGACGGCCAGACGUCGUUGUCAUCGUCGUCAUCAGGCGCAGCCUCCUUGGGAGGCACCACCACCACCUCUGCCACCACCGCAGCUCCGUCGUCAAGCAGUGGCACCACCAGCUCCGAGCCGUCGCCAGCAUCCGCAGCAGGCGCGGAGGAGACGGCCGUGGCGUGCCAGUGGAAGACCUGCGGGGCGGAGGUCAGCCCCGCGGACCUGCUGGAGCACCUGCGGCACGUCCACGUGGACACGCAGUCAGGCGGCGAGACCUUCGUGUGCCAGUGGGCGGGCUGCAAGGUGGUGGGCAAGGCCUCCUGCUCCAUGUCCUGGCUGGAGCGCCACGUCGUCACGCACAGCGGACACAAGCCGUACAAGUGCAUCCUGCCGCACUGCGGCGCCCGCUUCCCCGCAGGCGGCGCUGCACCGCCACGUCAACGCGCACUUCGUCACGCAGGGACCCGCCACCGCCAACCGCAGCAGCCGCCCUCGGGGGGAGGAGCCACGGCCCGCCUGCUCCGAAAGCGCAACAAGCUACGGAGACGCCGGCCACAGUGUGUACGAAAUGGAGACUUCUUUGACUGCGGGGUGAUGGACCAGCUCAGGCAGCAGUUGUGGGACAUUGCACACAGGACACAGCUAGACCUUGGCAGUGGCAGCUCCCAACACCUCACAUUCCACAGCUCUGUGAUUGCACGCAGGAUGGACGAGUCAGGGAAAGUCAAUGUGCUCCUUCACUGGCACCCAGAGGAUGUAUUGGAUGAUAGCUGGGUGCCGUUAUCUCAGGUCAGUUCUCUUCGGCAGCGUGUCAUUCCCAUCUCCCAGCUACCUCCAUCCUCUGUGGCCAACAUUCAUCCCACCGUCUACCGCCAACACCGCUUUCGUAAGCACAGGAGAAAAUAGGAAAAUAUUCAACAUGCAUUCAUCAUCGUCAUUGUCAUCACCAGUAUUGUUGUUGUUUCCUAAUGUUAUCUCAUGCAGUACCAGGAUUUGUGUGCAACUUUGCUACAGUGAAGCUUGUUUCUGCUGGAGUUGGAGUAUUGGUAGACAACGGUGUCUUCACCCAUUGGUCAAAUCGGUAUGCGUGCAGUGGCAAAUUACCUGCACUGAUCUAGGUAAAGACAUGUAUGGAUGUUGUGUGCUCUAGGUUCCUUUAUUCUGUUUAGUCCCUUUAUGUGACAGAGGUGGAUCAAAACCAGGCACAGAAAUUGAAAUAGAGCUAGAAGAGAGACAUUCAACAAAAAUGUGUGAGUUUUAAUCUUGGUGUUUUCUGAUUGUUGAUGAAGAAUUAGGUUGUUGAAAAACAAGGAGCGAAGCACAGCUACACACAAAUGACAGCCAUGAGUUAUUCAUAUCUGUUCUUUCCCUAAGUUUUAUUGUAGUUUUUUCUGUAUCAUUUCAUUUUUAUACUUUGCCUGUGAUGGCACACCAUGUUAAUUAUAUUUAAUAUAUUUGAAAGUUACAAUCUGUAAACAUUUAUUUGGAAUCCUGUUUCAGUUUUCAGCUUUUCAGUUGGUGUGGGGUUUUGAUUUGUCUUGGAAUUUGCUGUUGAGAGUGGGAAGGAAUAAUUUCAGUUAAAGUCAAUUGUAUGUUUAAAAGUCAGCAGUCACAUUGAGAUGUGACUUUGUGAGUGUAGGAAGGAGGAAUGCAUGCAGGCGUAUGUUAUAAGUAGGACCUGCAUAUUUGUGUUCCUUGUAAUAAAUGCCAGUGUGCCUAGAACAUUUAGUCUAGAUGGGCGUCUUGACUUUUUUUUUUAAUUUUGAAAUUGCAGCUUGCAAAAUCUGUAAAGAGUUUCCCCUUACCCCCAGUCAUGUUCAGCUCAGGUGUCUAGCCAGUGGAAGGCAACAUACAUUAAAGUUCUAAAUGUUGAGAACAAAGGUGAAAAGUUACAUCACAAAUGAGUUGUUUGUGCAAUAUUUGCACAUGCACAGUAGAUGGCCCUCUAAGAUGCUGACUGCCCAUUCAAAUAUAUAUGUAUAUGUGUGGGGGGAGGGGGAGCAUUAUGUUCUUUUGUUCAUGCACUUUAAACCAGUCACAGAUCUGUUUUGUGAUUGUGUGUUAUAGUUGCAAAACUGUUUCUUAUUUUCAGUUAUCUUUUACCCUUUUCAGAAUCCUUUUGCUUUAUGCAUGAGAUGCAUCUAGAACAAGUCUGCAUUUAAAAAAAAGUUCUAUGUUUUGCUGUUAAUUCAGUCAUAUUCUAGAAUGAGUAAUUCUAAAAUAUGCACCCACCAGUUAUAAAUACCAUAGGGUUUUGUCUUGCAGAAGAUUCAGCUCUCGGCCAUCAAGCCUCAGUCCAAGAUAUCUUUUUUUUAACCAUGCUUCCUCUCUGUGGUACGAUAGUUAAGUAUUGUUGACAUUUAACAUCACUAUACUCAGUCAAGCCCUUCUUUAGAACCAAGCUUUAAUGAAUCAAGGAAAAUCCCUGUGUGUGUGUGUUUUCAUGCAUUCACAUAGGUAUGACAUGAAUCUUUGUGUACUGCACAUUUGAAAGGAAUCAUGUGAAGUUACAUAUGUUUUUGUUUUUUUCUAUCUCUGAUAAAAUGUUUCUGCUUACCAAUUACAGUGUAACACAUUUAAUAUUUCUUUAGUGAUAUGAUGUAGAUAAUGGACCGGUCCACUAGGUCUCAAUAUGUGUAAUAUGUGUAAAUUGCCUCCAAUACUCUGCCAUAUGCAGGAUAAUGUUCUGAGUUAUAGUCUUGCAGUUGGCAAAGAGUUUUGUCCAUUUUCCUUCUGGAUCCUUGUUCUGCCUGUGGUGAACUAAAAUAUGUCUGAAUUCAUAUCUUCAGACAGGAAAGUCAAGCUGCUCCAUGAAGUCGUACACAAAAGGAAUAAGGCUGUGAACACAACUCAUUCCUGUGCAGGGAUAUUUUGUUUUUUGCUUCUCCUCAUUCUAGGAGAGAGAUUUUCGUAAUUUGUUAAUAUCCAGCAGGAGCAUAGGAACCAGGAGGACAAGGGGAGCCACCUCCUCAGAAAAGAUACUGAGAUGACAAGAAUGAGAGUGUCGUUCACAGUCAGCAGGGAGUUUGCCCACUCUCACCCCCCCCCAAAAAAAAAGCCAAGCAUUGUCCUACGCCACUGCCCAGUGGUCACUGAACUAGAAGGAGAAAUGUUGUUGUUUAUCCUUUUAAUUAAAACUUUGGCCUCACUUUGUACCCAGAUGAAAUUUUCAACAUUGUUUCCCGUAGAUGAGAGUUAAGUAUGAAAUGCUGAUUUGGCACAAUAAAUUACAUUUCAUCAGUGGCUACUGGCCAUUUCUGGAGUGGAUAAACUGCAGCUAUCAAGUCCCAUAAAGACUUUUUCAAAUGAAAAGAAAAUAUGUUUUUGAGAUGUCAGGGAAGUCACGGUGAUCACUUCUGGAGAGAAAGGCAUAAUCACGGAUGCCAAAAACUUGACGCUGACAUACUGCGUUGAAAUUUAAGAGAGCAGAAGAAUUGGCUCAGUCUUGGAGAACAAUAUAAUCACAGAUUCCAAAGGGCUGCUGAUGGUGAACAGUGACCCACAAAGCCAUCUUUGUUUGCCUUCCAGUAUGGAACUCAUUCUAAAAUGUUGCAUUAUAGACAUUGUUUAAAUACACCCCACCCCCAAUGCCUGACUCCUGAAAAAAAGAAUCGCAUAAGGAUGGAAUUGAUAAUUAUUUUUGUUAGAUGUUGUUAGAUAUAGACAUGUUUGCUAAGAUCUUAGUUUAAUUAUUUUUGUAUUUGGUUUUGUGUGAUCCUGGAUUUUGAAUGAGCAAAGAAAUAAAAUACUGAGCAUCUGAGUGAGGAGUUUUUGCAACACUUUUUAUUUGCUUAUGAAAGGGGAGGAAUUGUUUUUAAAUUUGAAUUGGUAUAUGCAGGUUUGAUGGUUGAAAAAAAAGCAUUACAUACAACAUAUGCACUGGUUAUUUAUAUGAACUUGACUUCAGAUCUUGUUCAAGCAUUAAAUGUUGAUUUUCAAAGACUGCUUGUGUGACUGGAGAUAUGCAUACAAUAAUGUGCAAAUGGCAUGUACACCUUGUACAGAAAAUACGAUACCAAGCAUGUGCCCUGUUGACAUUCCACCCAUGCCCACCGAGGAAUUUUUACAUCAAAGACCUUUUCCUCACCUGAAAAAUCUGCUCAAGUGCCGACAGCAGUUAUACAGUGGAUCCUGUUAUACAGUGUUUUGCUGAGAGGCAGGUAUAAUCUCGUGCCAGUAACAUUUGUUGUAUAAGAAGUUCUUGUACAAGCAUAUCGUCAGUCAUGUUCAGUCUGAGUGGUUUCCAGCACACAACAACAAAGUCUUGAUUGGGUUUUUCCAUUCAUGAUGCUGCAGUCAUUGAUACAGAAAUAUAUAAAUGGAAAAUUCAAGACAAAAUGCAGAACUUGUCAUCUUUUCCUAAUAACAAAUAACCACUGAAUAAUGUUUUGUCUUUAAAAAAAAAAGAUUAUAGAUGAUGUGGCUCUUCCCAUUUUGGAUGUGUCCACCACUCCAGAUCAAAUACCAUUUACGCCUGAAACCUAUGAAAGAUAAAUGCCUUUUUCUGGUAAAAGAAUGGAAUAUGGGAUACUUUAAAGUAAAAGAACAAAAUUGUAUAUUUGAAAAAAAUUAGAGCAGAUAAAAGUCUAGCCUGUGAUGCUUGCAGUAUCUACAUCAAAGCUUAAGUGCUAUUGUAAAAUUUAUUUUGCCUUGAACUGGCAGAUGAACAAAACGUCAAGUUGUUACGGAAACCUAGGCAGGGUGAACAUGGCAGAUAAAUGCUGUGGUGACAGUAAAAGAUUUACUUACAUGCCUGUUAUUGUUUGAAUGUUGUCAGAAAUUCAUGUAACAUCCCAGUUACCAAUAAGAAUGACCAUUUUAUUAUGCGACAUUAAAAAUGGCAGAACAGGUUUUUUUCUGUCCACCAUCUUUGUGUAUUAUUGACAUCUUUAAAAAUCUUUCUUCCCCCUUCUGUCCACUUUUUUAAAUAUUGUGCCUUGAGAAGAUUGGCUAAAUAUUGUCACACCAUCCGCAAAAGUGAUCUAAGAGGGGGUCAUCUUACGAUGAAUGAAUAGAUAUAUCUACACAAAGCAUAUUUAUUACUUGGUCAAGUGUGCAUGGUGCACACUACGCUGUACAUGUCUGCCCAAGAAAUACUGCUUUAACAAGAGGAAGGGAAGUGUGUGGACUAAAGUGACAGUGCGUUUAUUUGGUUGAGUUGCUAUGCCUGGAUCUUUGAUUUUAUUGAGAAUGAUGGUCCUUUCAGGAAAAUAAUAAAUUAUUUAAUUUUAAAUGCUUUCUUGUGGUUUAGCAUUGAUUUCCACAACUUAGCUUCAUAUUAUUCAUUAUUUCAUUUGCAAGCAUACUUAAUCCUUACCUAUGACCCUGCCUAUUAUAUUCCUUCCUUGUUUUUCUCUUUAAUUUUACAUUCUGUUGGGGUUUUAUUAGUGUCUUUUUAUGGGUGGGAGAAGGUGGGUGAUGGGGUUAGGGGAUCUCCUUUCUCUUUUUUUUUUUUCCCUAUCCUUAUGCAGUCGAAGAAGGCCACCCUAUAAUCAUAAUUUUAAAAUCAUUAAUAUUGAAAUACUCGGAGAUUGACCCAGAAAUAUGGUUGUCCUCUGCUAACACUGCUAAUGGCAAGUUCUGUUGCAGGAUUUCACUCAUAAUAAGAUGCAUAAUUUCCACUUAACAUAUAGUGAGUUUCUUUUUCUUUUCUUCUUUUUUUAAUAUGUCAGACCUUAUGCAAGCUGAAACUUUCAGAAUACUGUGUUACUUGUUAUUGUUGCCAAAAUGAUGCCUGGUUCGUCUGUAUUUUUUUUCUCAGUAUCAGACAAAUAAGAGGAUGUAGAACAUUGUUAGAAUAAUGACUGUAGUCACUUUUUUUCCCUGAUGGCCAAGAUUUCUGAAGUCUUGAAGGGUGUAAUUUUCAGUUCUGGAAUAUUUUUGCAUGAUUUUAGGAUGUUGUCCUUAUUACACAGCAUCUUAAUAAUAGUUUUUUACUUUGCAACAGAGCACAUAGACAAAAAUUCCUAUAAUGUUUCCUUUGUUUUUAUAUCAUUUAUUGUAAACUACUUGCUCAUAGAUUUUUCCUUGACUGCAGACUCAUUAUCAUCUUUUACCCCAAAUAUGUUUUCCUUCUCUAGGUAAUACUGGGUAUCCCCUCUUAAUUUCUUAAAAAAGAUUUUUUUUUUUUUUUUGUUUAAUGACGUGCUUCAGUGAGGUUAGAUUUCGGUGGCAGAUGUGUCCAGUCGUAUCAUCCAAGAACACUGUAAAAUGGAGAAUUUUUUGGAGAAGAGUUUAAGGUGCUGAACUGGUCUCAUGCAGGAACCAAAAUAAAAUUGUUCACUAGGCAAGGCUCUUUGCAUUUCUUUUUUGCUGGGACCAGUGAUGACUGCAUGCAAUCCUUGUGUGCCUGACCUUUGAACUAUGGUGUACAUCUGGUGCCAGUCAGCAUACUUGGCCAUUUUUGGUGGUCACAAUCUCAGGACCCAUUCUUGAAAGGCUUUCUUUUCUGCAGAUGAGAAAGGGAAAAUGUGUGUGAGAGGAAACAUUUUGAGGAAAAAGGGAAAUGGGUGUAAUUUUCUUUGAUUGUGUAGGAUAUUUUAAUGUUUUCAAACAAUGGUAACCAUCAUGCCUUGAAUGUUCACAUGUUCUCUCUCCCCACCACCCUCUCUCUGCUCCCUCCCUCCAUUUUCUCUUUGACAUCUUUUGAUUCAGUGUUGUGUGCAAUGAUGCCAAUAUAAAAUGGCAAGUGUCACAUGUAUAUUUUUACUCUGCAUCAUAAAAAUGAUUUGAAGUUGUAAGAAUGAAUCUGCCUCUAUUAAUAAUUCUCCACAUAAGUAUAUGUGGCAGAAACAUAAUUUUCACACACACUGUUUUGUGUGGCUGUAAUUUAAAAGUGUGAUGGCCUUUGUGAAUAGUUAUUCUCAGCAUAUUUCCAUCAUUCUAACAUCUGAAUUUCUUUCUUUUUUUUAUUUUGUCCCCACCUCAGUCUGUGACUGCCUUCAUGUCUGCACCUCGAGUUCAUUUAAAAUAUAAAUCCAUUGCAAGCCUUUUUUCUUCAUUUCAUGCCAUAUAUUCGACAGUGUUUGAUGUGUAUAUUCAGUGUGUUUUGUUGUGUAUCUUUUUGAUUAUGUAUUUGUGCUGAGAGAGAUGUUGCUGCUGUUUGCAAUGAUUUGACCUACAGAUAUUUUAAAUGAAGCAGUGCAACCUUCGCCGAUCUCAUUUCUGUUACUUAGAUUUCUGAAAGCAAACAUGUCAUUAACUUCUGGUCAGCUAGCUUUGGGUGGCAAAGAUAAGAAAAGGAGCCUUAACCAUGCAGCUGCAAGGAACAAAAGAUGUUUCUGAAAUAGUCUUUUUCUUAGAAUCAAACGUGAUUUUCCAUUAAUUAGAUGUUAUGUGGAGAGAAAGUGAGAAUGUAUGUUUGUCGGUGUGUAUGCACACCUGAAUGUUUGGAUAUAUGUCAGACCAGACAACCACAAUGUAGUUGGGAGCAUUGCUACAGUCAUUUCUGCUGAAACAAAGAUAGUGUUUUUCAGAAUUUCAAAAUUUAAUCAUUUGUUCUGGAUGCAAGUAGCUCUGGUCUUACAGUAACGUGCACUUGGCUAUCUGAACUUUAGGGUUGCUUUUAAUGGUCCACAGUCUGCAUUAAGUUUUCUGUACAAAGGCUUUGCAAGAAUAGUCACUGUGCCGGCAAGGGUUGUGUCUAGGAAGGCUUGGUGCAAACUGUGGAGCAGAAAAAGUGACCAGUCAAAAUGUUCUAUGUAAAAAUGGACUAUUGUUAAAUUGUCUUUCAUAAUUCUUGGAUCACUGGAAUCUAUAUUCAUUUACACACCCCUCCACACCACCCAAAACUUGAGUGGCAGAUGUGAUUGCAGAAGUUGGCAUGUUUGCAUUAUUAAACAGACUUCCAGAGCUUCAACUUUUUUUUCUUCCUCAAGUCCCUUUCUUUUGCCCAUACUGUUAGCUGGUCACUACUUUCAAAAGUCAAGAGUGCCCACGUUUUCAAGUUGAUAAGGCAGUGUAGCCUGCACCAGUUUGGGUUUUUUUUGUGGGUGGGAGGGGUAUGUUUGUAUUUGGGUGGAUAGCUGUUGAGCCAUAAAAUCUCUUUAUUCAGGUUUUCUCUGCCUGUCAGUGCAGUGCAGCACUUAAACUUGGCCAACACAUCUGUUUGACAAAUUUGUGUAGUGAUCAUUGUUUUUUUCUAUUUGGAAAAAAUGUACAUGACAUAAUAAAAAAAACAGACUUUGUAUUGCUGUAAAGAAAGCUUGAACACAUUGUGCAGUGUUGGAAUGUGUAUUGAAGUGUACAUAUAUAUAUAUGCAAUCCAGAGGUCAGUUUCAGACAUGAAUAAAGAAAAUUGUUUAUUACUGGCUCUUGCAGAUAAUUGCCUUUAGUCGAAACAUGUUUGAUAUCAUCACAUUGAAAGUGUGGUCUUAUUAUGCAGGAGAGUGGAGAUCUGUGUACACUUUUAUAGUUCAUUUUGUAGACACAUUUCUUUGAGACCCAGCUUGAAAGGGAAAGUUUAUGACGCUUUAUUUUUAUCAUGACAGCGACAUGCACUAGUUUUCUUAUCGUAAGCAUUAGACAAAUGCUGCAAAUGUGUUACUGAAACUUUGUAAACUAUGAGAGUAAAAAGCUUUACCUUGGAUCAAAAUCUAGUGCCAUUAACAAAAAUAAAUGUUGAAGCAUCUAGCACUUUCCUGGAAAUCGUUUCAGAUAUGCCAACUUUCUGCACUCUGUGUACAGGGUAAGCAGAUUGCAACUCGGAUGUUCACUGUGAAUGCUGUUGUACCACUUUUGCACAACACUUUAGGCCUUGCCUUUAUACUAGAGUGAUUUUCAGCCUCUGAACAAUAAUACAUGUAAUGGCUGGAUAUCUUUUAGCCAUAAAUAUGGUUAAUUAGCCAAACAGUCAUUUCCAUGCAACUUAAAAGGUUAUAAUUUGCAAUUUGCUGUGUCAGUGAUAAUAUAAGAGAAUCUGUAUUGCAAUUAAGAAACAACUUUUUUCAUUGUUUGACACAGAGGGUGCCCUAUCCACUUUCCCUCUUUGUUUUGCAUUUUUUAUUUCUUUUUCUUUUUUCUUUUUUUUAAGAGAAAUGUUUUUGCAAUGCUUUCUGCAGCUAGCCAAUGCCCAUAGUACACCUCAAUUUUUCUUGAUGAAAACUUUGGAUGGAUUUUAUAAUGCAAAUUAUUUUGUAUGGUAGAGAUAUAGUUUAUGAUGUAAAUAUGAAAAACUAGCAUAUUUGUGAACAUUCAUUUGUUCACAUUUUAUACAGCUCAUUCUUGAUCAUUUAUAAAAGGUUAUUUUUACUUUUGCACAAAGGAGGUGCUUUGAAGAUCUUUAAAGCAAAAAACAAUACUUUUUUUCUCUUUUCUUUGCUACUGAAUUUGUUUCAGGCACCCUUGAUUUAAACCAGUUGGCCUGAUCAGAGUAUAUCAGCCAGUUGUGGUGUAGACAUUGUCAAGAAAGAUAAUGGCUCAUUUCCAAAUGGACUGUGUAUUUGAUCAAAUGUUGUUGUCACGUGAAGUGUAGUGCACGGAUUGGGUUUUUGUUAAAUGACUUCAAAUAAGAGGUCAUUGUGUUUUGCGUGAUUUUGACCAUUCUUUAAGCUCAGAAUCUAAGUUGAGUGUUCAUGGGUCUACAUGUAUUUAUAGAGCAGAAUGGAGAGAUUUUAAAGGAGGGAAAAAAUGAACGAGCAGCUGUAUGUUUUACCACCAUUACUUGUGUGCAACAUGUGGCCGCCUGUUUUUUAUGAUUAGGGAGGUUACUGAUACUGACUAGAUAUCAGUUUUGCCUUCCAUAAUCUCUUGUUCUCCCCUCCUUCCAAAUUCUGAAACAUUUUAAUACUGCCCACCACAAGAGGGCUUUUUAAAAAUGUCCCAAACUUAUGGGACACACUUUUAUUUGUAACCAAUUUUCUUGUGGAAUUUGGAAGUUUGUGGGUUUAAAAAAAUACAAAAACAAGAAAACCUUCAAAAAUAAAUACAGUAGCACCAAACAAAAGAUUUGUUAAAAAAUCUUUUUCAGUGGGACUGAAAUAUCUUGCUUGUAAAGUGAAUGUGAUGUAAUUAAACCUGUAAGCCAAGAUUUGUCAUGCCCAUUGCUGUAUCCUGCAUGUCUGAAUGACCAUUUGCAAACCAUAUUUAUGACCAAAUGCCCAAAGAUAUGGACUUGGAAAGUGUGCCCUUCAAAAUGCUUUGGCCAACGUUAGUCCAUUUUCUCCAUUAUACGGGUAUAUUGUCAGCAAAAUCCUCGUUAUCAUCAUUGCUGCAAACAUAACAUAAUCAUAUGCCUGAAAAAGAGGAGGAAUAACAGAUAUCUUUUUCACACCCCCUUUUUUUUUUUGACAAUUAAUUUAUAAGACCCAACAUGAAACUCAAUGGAAAUGAUGUAGUGAGGUAUUCUGCAUUGUGUAGCUAGUUUUGUAUGAUACAAGACAAUAUUAAUUCUGGUUAUAAAUAAAAACUUUCCCUUUAUUA